AUGGCGCCGGUUCUUGCCUCUUCUUGCUCUACUAACCACAAGGUUUAUGUCAUUGGGGUCGGAAUGACGAAGUUUGAAAAGCCAGGACGCCGUGAAAACUUUGACUACCCAGAAAUGGCCUUGGAAGCAGGGACCAAAGCUUUGCAAGAUGCUGGCAUUCCAUAUUCAGAAGUGCAGCAAGCAGUUGUUGGAUAUGUUUAUGGUGAUUCAACUUGUGGACAGAGAGCAGUCUAUGAAUUAGGCUUAACAGGAAUUCCAGUUUAUAAUGUAAAUAACAACUGCUCCACAGGCUCCACAGCUCUGAUGAUGGCAGAGCAAAUUAUCGCAGGAGGCCUUGCUGAGUGUGUUCUUGCACUUGGGUUUGAAAAAAUGGCAUCAGGCUCACUUAAGCAAGCAUUUCAUGAUCGGACCAACCCACUGGACAAACAUGUUGCCACUAUGUUGAACCUCUAUGAAUUGGAGCCAUCCCCCAUCACAGCUCAAAUGUUUGGUAAUGCUGGAAAGGAACAUAUGAAAAAAUAUGGAACAAGGAAAGAACAUUUUGCUAAAAUAGCUUGGAAAAACCACAAACAUUCCAUUAAUAAUCCGUAUGCUCAGUUUCAAAAGGAAUAUAGUCUUGAUGAAAUCCUUAGUGCCCAGCCAAUCCAUGAACCACUGACCAAACUUCAAUGCUGCCCAACCUCUGAUGGAAGUGCUGCUGUGGUAUUGGCCAAUGAAGAUUUUGUCAACAAAUACAAUCUAAAGUCACAAGCAGUGCAGAUUCUUGGAAUGGAAAUGGCAACAGACUUACCAUCAACUUUUCAAGACAACAGCUGCAUAAAACUUGUUGGUUUUGAUAUGACAAAAAGAGCCUGUGAAAAUCUUUACCAAAAAACUGGUAUUAAUCCUCAGGACAUUGAUGUGAUAGAACUCCAUGAUUGUUUUUCUGCCAAUGAACUCAUCACCUAUGAAGCCCUUGGCCUUUGUGAACCAGGUAUGCAAAAGAGAAUUUGUGAAAAUGAUUUCACUUGUUUUUGCUAG